UCGGCGUCUCUCCUUUCUUCCACCGUCGCCUCGUCCCGCUUAGCUCUCACCCGCCCCUCGAUCCGUACUGCGACGACGGCUCACAAUGAGCACCGGGGGGAAGACACACACGGCAGCCAUCAUGGAGAUGCACACGGACACGACGACCACUUUGACCCUCCGGGAGGAUGGCUAUGGGGACAAAGACCUGGAGAGAAAUACGAAAAGGAAGGGUGGGAGGGCCUUGCGUGGGUAUUUGUCGCGAGUUGGAUAGUGGCCGUCGCAGCCUAUACCAUGAAGGAGGAUACCUCG